CAAGAGUCAGCUACCCGGAACAGCGUGACACCAGACCAGCCUGGUUUCAAAGCCUUAAAGGCUUUUCUUUCUUGAGCUCAGAGGACCCAAGAGGCCAGAUCACCAGCCUCUCCAUCCAGGCCUCAGGCACCCAAGUGCUCAUCUCCAUGGAGCUCUGUCGGUCCUUGGCUCUAUGCACCGGCUGUCUGGGCCUGGUGUCCAUCCUGACUGCUCUGAGCACGGAUUUCUGGUUCGUGGCCACGGGGCCCAACGUUUCAUGUCACUCGGGUCUCUGGCCAAAGGAGCUUCACGAGCUGGUGGCAGGCUACAUCCACGUGACACAGAGCUUCUGCAUUCUGGCUGCCCUGUGUGGCCUGCUGUUGGUGAUCUUCACGGCCCUGUCCUAUGUCCCGUCGCUGUCCGUGCCAGGCCGCGUGCCCCUUGCCUCCGUCGUCACAGCCUUUACUGCAGCCAUCUUUGUGACGGUGGCCAUGGUCGUCUAUACCAGUGAGCGGUGGCAUCAGCCUCGGCGGCCCCAGGUCCAGUCCUUCUUCUCCUGGUCCUUCUACUUGGGCUGGGUUUCCCUGGUCCUCUUCCUCUGUGCAGAGCCCCCCGGCCUGGCUAUGACACCUUGUGAGCGAGAGAACAGCAAGAUGGCACACCGUUCUCUGAAGACACCAUCAGGAGCCUCAGCCCCCACCCCCAGCCCUCCCGAAACCCCUUCAUUUGUUCCCUCACCCAUUCAACAAAGAUGUGCUGGGAUCUGGUGACUCUGAGAUUAAUUCAGUCAUGACAUAA